AUGCCUACUGUUGUUGCUUCUGAUGUCCAGUAUUUUGCCAUGGGCAUUUAUUUUCCUUUUGGAAUUGCCCUGUUUCAAGCUUCCAACCUCCGUUUCCUCUAUGUCGCAAAAGCACAAAGACAAUUCGCCAAUGCAGAUUUCUAUAACGCCAGAAAGUGUAACAAAGAAAAAUCUUCAAUCUUAGGUCGAUGGAAAAGCAUGAAGUAUAUGAACAAAGUAUUACUUCUCAUAACGACGGGCAUGGUGUUCCAGCUCGUUGUCACAAUUGGUAUGUGGCUUGCCUGCGCUAAAUACCACCCAACUUAUGGUAUUUCUGGGACGGAAGUGCAUGGUACAACACUCGCAGAGCAAAGAACCUCGAUGGAUCAGGGAUGGGAAUGGUGGCCAUCGGUGUUAUGGCAGGUCGUUUGGACAUGGGUUGCCGCACCGAUUCUCUUCAUGAGGGCCUGGGGAGUCCGAGACACCAUGGGAUGGCGAACACAAACCAUCGCGUGCUGUGUUGCGAGUUUUCCAGGUUUUGAGGCUGCGGGCGAUGAACAGAAGAACAGCAAACUCGAUGGCCAAGUACGAUCCAACUUCUUUCUCAAUGAUCGCAAAGUCAAUCCCUUCAUCGCCCUCAUUCGAAUGGGAGUCUUCCUCUUCAUCCACAAUUGCAGAAAGCCCUCAGUCGGCUCUGUAUUUCAAGGAACCACUUGGUGA